GUUUCCACGAAAUGUGCGUGUGUUUUGAUGAAUCGAUCUGUGAGAACAUUUUCUACUGGGAAACAAUAAUUGUCUCUGAGAUAUCGCUGUGACAGCAUCCACCACUGCAAGCUUCCUUCGUAGAUCACAACAGGUGACAAUGUCUUUGUGGAACAGAGCACAGCAGUUGCCCCCAGAUGCCCUCCGUCAAGUUCAAAAUGUUUACGGUGAACAGUUUCCAAUUGAGGUGCGACAUUAUCUGGCUGGGUGGAUAGAAGAUAAAAUGCCCCAGUGGAAUGAAAUAGAUCCAGAAAAUGUAUCUCACAGCCAGUAUGCACAUACUUUAGUAUCACAGCUUAUCCAGGAGAUGGAAAACAAAGCCCUCAGUUAUGGCAACAAUGAAGACCUUUUUCUUGUCCGUAUGCGCCUGGAUGAAGCUGCAACGUCAUUUAAGACUCGGUACCUGAACAAUAAUCCUCUUGCUUUAGUGGGUAUUAUACGUGAGUGCCUCAAAACAGAACUGCAUCUUGUUCAGCAACACGAAAAUAUGUUGGGAGCUGUAGUACAACCAGCCAGUAUGACCAUUGAGCCGUGUGCUGAAAUAGUUAGUGAAUUAGAUAUCUUACUCCGACGUACUCGUGAAACAGCAGAUGAGCUGAGGCACCUGGAACAAGAACAAGAAUCCUUUGCGUUACAAUAUCAUGACUGUGCAAAAAUUAAUGCACAUCUCUCUCACAUUCAAGGUCAAGAGAGAACACAACAGAAUCGGGAACUCGAACAGAGUUUGAGGAGACGUAAAGAUGUUGGUGAACAGCAACUGGCUCAGAAGGUGUCAGGGUUGCUGCAGCGACGAAUGGACCUGGCUGAGAAACACAAAGGAACCAUAGACCGUCUAAAUAAUCUCCAGCAACGGAUUCUGGAUGAAGAACUUAUUAACUGGAAACGGGAACAGCAGAUGGCAGGAAAUGGAAAACCUUUUAACCAGAAUAAACUUGACCAGAUACAAGAUUGGUGUGAGGCAUUAGCAGAAAUAAUAUGGCUUAAUCGCUUCCAAAUAAAAGAAUGUGAACGGCACCAGACAAAAAUACCCAUCACUCCACCUGGAGGCGUUGAUAUGCUGCCCACUCUGAACUCUCACAUUACAAGGCUCUUGUCCUCUCUUGUCACAAGGUAAGUAAUUUGGGUGUUCUGUCCU